AUGAAAAGCUACACGGUUUUAGCUUGCUCCCUGCUCCUCGUAGCACCCCAGGGAAAAGCCGUUCACUUCAACGCCCUGGAUUCCAAUUCCACUGGCUCCGAAAAAUACUUUGUCGGCGACUUGCACGUCAUCGAAGAACAGAAGAAGAUUGGUGACUGCGAGGGUGGAAUCGACCUCGAGCAGUACGAGAAUGACCUGUAUCACGGGUUUACAAAUCGAUUGCUGACAAAACCCGACCACCCAAUGUUCGCCUCCCCAGGCGUUGGUCACGUCAAGGCGUUCACGCUGCAGUUGGACGGCUUCGACGAAGAGGCCAGGAAUGAUGUUUUGACUGUGUGGAGUGCCCAGCAGCAGCAUUCCAUGAUCAUCUUCACCGAGAAGUUCAAGGUUCGCUCCGGACCGGCCCCCGCAGCAUUUUCCCUAGAGAUGGGGUGGCUUCCAAAAACGUGUCGCUGUUUCGAGGACUCCGACAGCUUAUUGCUGGAUGCCGGAUCGGACCCGAAGAAAUGGGCGAACGCAUACAAAGUGCUGGCGCCAAAGCAUUGCCCUCCAAUGGACUGCUGGAUACAAUUUACGGUUGAUCAUGACCAUGAGAUGGACAUAUUGAUUGACCGCAGCAAGGCAAAUUACGACGAAAAAGUCGACUUACGUAUGACGAUGAUGCCGGGCUCGCCCAUCGUCGAUGUGACCGAACGAAUCCUGUACCCCGACCGGAUCGGGGUGGGUUACUGGGAAUCGAGUCAGAAUGCGGAGCACUACAAACUAGCAAAGCGCUUAUAUCUGCACGUCUCCUCUAUAAAAAACCGUCGU